AUGCAGAAGCUCGUGGAGGUGGCCCACUUGAACAUGGACAUCAGGAGCCGCAUCGAGUGGGCGAGCCUGUGGGGCAUCCUGGCCGACCACUUCGCUACGGUCGGGAGCAUCUCGGGCAACAGCUCGGUGGCGAUGUACACGGUGGACUGCCUCAGGCAGCUGGCCCUAAAGUUCCUCGACAAGGACGAGUUGCGAGACUUCAACUUUCAGAGGGUGUUUCUUGGCCCGUUCGCCACGAUUGUUCGGACCAGCCGAGAACCCGCCGUGCGCGAGCUCGUCGUGAGCUGCCUGAACAACGUGAUCCUGACGAAGGGGACAAUGUUGAGGUCCGGCUGGAAGACGGUACUUACAGUGCUGCGUUCAGCUGCCGCAGACACCCAGGAAGAGGUGGUGCAGCCGGCGUGCUUAAUCCUGGAAGAGCUUGCCGGCGAGACCUUCCCGCUGGUGCAGUACGACUUUGUCGAUCUUGUCUACACCUUACUGGAGAUGGCCGCUUCGAGAUUUCUGGAUGUUAGCUUGGUCUGCAUCGGACACCUGCGGCUGUGCGCCAGGCAGUUAGCCGAGGGCGGCGUCGACGUCGCUCUUCAGCCCAACAAGCGACCGCUCCCCGAGACCACGAUCUCCAACACGGGACAGCUUCCCCCGGAGGUGCUGGGCGCCGUGAGGGCCGACCGCGGCGGCGGCGGCCGCGGCGGCGGCCCCAGCAGCGACGCGGGCUGCUCCGAAGACAGCAACACAGACGACGACGACGAUGGCCGCAGGUUCCGCAGGGCGGCACGGAACGACGCCGUCGGCCACCUUGCCCUAGACCUCGACAGCCUCGACCCUCCCGUUCCCGACGAGGCCGGCGGCUCGGUGGCGGACCCCCCCGCGGUCGCGGCUGCUGUCGCCGUCCCGACCCCGACAGCGACAGGAGAGGACAAGGCCGGAAGGGUUUCACCCUCGUCCGAUAUGUGGCCGUCGUCGGCACACGGGAAAAGGGGAUCGAACGGUGUUGGCGGGGUGGUGACCGCAGAGGGCGGGGUCGUGGCGGCGGAGCAAUCCCGACUCGCCCUUCAGCUGUGGUGGCCGCUCCUGACGGGGUUGGCAAGAGGCGCGGGUGACCCGAGACUAGACUGCCGCGCGGCGGCCCUUUCAACCCUCCAGGAUGUAUUGAAGGAGUUCGGAUCUGCCUCGGAGUUCUCUCUCAGGGUAUGGCCGUACCUAUUGACGCGCAUCCUCCUGCCGGUGUCGCGCCUUGCGGAGAAGACUACGCCCCCGCUCGCCGCGCCAAUGGUGCCGGCAACGCCUCUAGUCUCGGUGCCCUCGGCGCCAUCGACGCCCUCCCGCCACAGCAGGCUGCAGGCGCAGCCGGCGACAGCGGCCUCUUCUGCGCUUCCGAGCCCAGGAAGCGGUCAUUUGCGUCUUGGGCCGUCUUCCUCUUUGUCGGCGGCAUCUGGCGGCCGCGUCCCUGUAGCGAGGACAGCCGCGGCGGUCGCGGCGGCUCCUGGCCCGGCUAGCCGCGGCGUGCUCCCGCUCGACGUCGGCUCGUGGGUGCACACGACCGCACCGCAGCUGUUCCGCGCGGCAGUCGCCGUCAUCUCGAGCAACGCCGAGGCCGCGGUGCCUCUGGGAGUUCCGACGCUUUUGGCGUUUUUUGAGCCCCACGUUUGUUGCCGGCGUCACCGGCAUAGCACCAGCAACGGCCGUAGUGGCCGCUUUUAUAGCGUCAGUAGUAACAGCCGUCAGCUGGGCACGGGUGAUACGGUGAAUGGCGGGCGAGAGGGAUCGGGGGGUGAAGGAGAACGUGUAGCACGGCAAGAGCAGAGGCAUCAGGGUCAGGAGGACGCCGGAGGUGGCGGCGAGGAGACUGUACGGUGGUGGGAAGAGGAGAUGCAGGCAGCGGCAGCAGCGGGGGCGGCGGUGGCGGAGGAAGCGGGAGUCCCUGGGGACGGCUUGAUGUCCCGCCUGGCCCUCGAGUCUUUGGGGCUCCUGGUGGAAGGCCUGGCCGGGCACCAGCAGGAGCAAAUCCCCGCGGCGGUCCUCGCGCACCUCUGCGACAGCCUCCUCCGCAUGCUGCGUCGUUGCCUUUCCGAGUCAUUCGGCCGGGCGGGACGCGUCGGGCACGACAGCGGCGGAGGCGAGCCGCAAGAAGACCCCGCGGACGAGGAUAACGGCGCUCGCCAUUGCGCCGCGCGGUUGUUGUUCGGCGACGACAGCGGCGGCGGCGGCGGCGGCGGUGGAGACACCAAGGUCGACUCCUUGUCCGGGACCGGGCGUGACGCCGUUGUCGUAGGUGUCGACGCCUCCAGCGGGGGUGGUGGGGAUCUUGGGCCAUCAGCACGAGGUGGCGGUGGACGGCAGGAGAAGCAGGAGGCGCGUUUGUAUCCCACCGAGGAAGCAGGAGACGGGGAGGCGCAGCCGGCACGCAGCGACUCAUUGACUCUGUCCGCAGAUGGCGAAGGUCAUGAUGAACCCACUAGUGGCGGAGGCGGUGGCGACGGUCGUUCUGACGAUGUCGAGUUUGACGGCCCGCGGGCGGCGGCUCUGCUCGCGGCGGCGCUGCGCCUUCAGCGCCUCCUGUACGGCUUGGCAAGGUUACACCUCGGCGGACUGGGGGAAGACCAGGCUCGCGCUUUGUUGGGGGGCCUUUCGGAAGGGGUGCGGUACGCGAGGGACUUUCAGGCGCAGCACGCUCUGAGAACGUCGCUGUUUGCUGCAGGGGUUCUCGUUCCUAGAUCACCCCCGGGGUUGCAAGAGCUGCCGCACCUCCUGGAGCAGGAGAGCGAAGGCCUCUGGUUCAUCUUCGCGGUCGCGUUCCGAUUGCUAGACGUACGAUGGCCGCGAUCCUCCCCGUCAGCCUCUGGUGGUGGUGGUGGCCGCGAUGUUGCCGCGGUGGUGGUGCCUGAAACUAUAGGCGGGGGCACGAGCCGUAGCAGCGCCGGAGACGGCGCGUUUGCCGGCGGCAGCGACGAAGUCUCUCUCAUGCCCUGGCCGGAGCACCGGUCGUUCGAGCUGGAAGCGGUGGUGGUGGUACCUAACGACACCGCAAGCGGAGGAGGAGGAGGAGGAGGAGGAGGAGGACGGCAGCCCAGCCAGCAGCGCCGUCGAUCGCGCCCUCCGCGACCAGGUUUACCGGCGGACGGCGAUGUACACCGGGCGGUGGGAGGGAAGGCGAGGGGUGGUGUUCACAGCGGGAGCGCGGCGGGGCCGAUGCUGGUUGUGGACGACCUCUUGGAGUGGAGUGGCGACGGGGACGAAGGCCCGGGUAGCGGGGGCGCCGCAGGAUGGGACGGGACGACCCUCGCCCUCGAAUUUUUGCGGCGCGAAGGGGGUAACAUCUUGGUUCGGUACUUUGAAGCCGACGGGGAAGUACAGCGAGCCAGUUUGGAAGAUCACAUGUGGAGUAGCGCGGAUGACACGGCGGCGGCGUCAGCAGUACCUUCUUCCUCCUUCGCUCCCCCCUCUCCGUCGCAGCAUCGCGGCGGCUUCUCUGUAGAGAGUCCGAGCAGGCACACCGUCACCUCGUCCUCGUUCUCCCCCACGGCGAGUACCGGGAGCCGAGCGCAUCAGCAGGCGAGCACGCCCAGAAGCAUGGGCAGCGGCGGCACGCGACGCCCCCCCGGUGCCGCCCCGAGGCCUCCCGCCGCCGGUGGGCUUGGGCCUCAGCACCAGCAGCGAGAACCGGCUAACCUGGUUGCGAGCACGGAGGCCGAGGUCAGGCAUCUCACCCCAGCGGUUCUGCUGCUGCUGCGAGGCCUUCUCUUGUUGCAACCCGCGGAGGCUUUUGACAGGGAAGCUGGCUGGCUGUGCCCUCGUCUCGCGGAUUUGGUUGUCGUCAGGAGUCUGGAGGUUCGGGCGGUCGUGCGGGAGCUGCUGAGAAGGAUGACGCCGCUGAUAGGGGUCCCGGGAGAGGCGUGAUUGGUGUAAACGCCGGCCGCGGCAUUCGUGGCGGCGGCGGUGGUUGGUGUUGUAGUUUUUAUUCCAUGGACUAGCUUUUUGUUUCGCUAGGAGGAGCGGUCUCGUAGUGGCUUUGGUCCUUGUCCGUAUGUUUCUUAGCCUCUAUGUUAUUCCAAGUUUAAAAUAUCCUUGUAAAUAGACGGCAGGUGUAGCGGGUGAAGACGCCUUACCUUAAUCUUGUGACAAAUAGUAGUGACAUAGUAAGAAAACUGUUUUACCUUCUGAAGCUACUGCUGCGGACCUCGCCUGAGCGGCAAGCGGGGGCGCCGCUAUUUGCGUUAGCCUGAGUCCAACCAAUGACGCGGGACAAACAUUUGCCGUGCUCUCAAGUCUUGUUGUACAGAGGGCACAGCAUGACGGGCAUCGAAUUUUUUCGGCAGCAGGAGUAGACCGCAACUGUCGUCGGCACACGUGUUGGUUGUGGUGUGAUUUUCCGUAGCAUUAGAGAGUGCUGUGUGAAUCGAGCCAACACAUAGGUUGACGUGAUUUUGGUAGAACAUCACUGGCUCGCCAACACAGGUGUCGGGGAUUGUGGUUGGGUACAACGUGCUCAACAGGGGCUUCUGAAACUUGUCCAAAGGUCUCGGUGGGGCUAAAGAAGCGUGCUGGUCUCGUCGACUCGUGGUAUUUCUACGUUGUUGUUUGGCCCUUUUCGUUUUUUGUCGGAUGUGAGCGUUGGACACCGCGGCAAUUGCUGUUGCCGCCUAUUUGUGGCGAUGGGCACAACUUUCGUUUCCUUCUAAGAAGAUUUUUUGAACCUGGAUCGCGUGAAAUAUGCAUGAACACCAGCAAGACACUUUUGUUAUCUUGGGUUGGAGAACGUCGCAGGGAAGUGAGCGUCUCUGGGAAAGUAGAGAUUGGUUGUGGUCGUGCGUGACCCCGGCAAUCAGCCGCCUCUAGAUGAUGAGGUUGUGGAAUCGAGUCUUGGCAAAGGGAGAGAAGUAAAUGCUGUCACGCGGUUCCUCGUUGCGACUUUUUGUGGCGUCUCCAAGUUGCCCUUGGGCGGCAGCUCUUCGCUGAAAGUACGCACAUAGAGUUCAACAAUGCUGUCCGUCAAAGGCGGGGUGAAAGUUGCGGAGCCUUCCCACCGUGCAAGAUGAGGCAACCAAAUCACAUUGAAAACGAAAACUUCC